CUCGCGCUCCAGCUGUGCCGGGAUGUUGCCAGUGUGAAGCUAACUUCAAUAAGAUAAAUACAAAGCGGAUUUUAGGCGAUUUUACCUUCAUUAUAAUUGCGAUAAAUGUGACAACGGACAGGUUUUAACCAGUUUUUAUUAACAUAACUACAUUAGUCAUUCUCAUAUCUUUCGUUACCUUAUAUAAUGAGGAUAAUAACCUGGGUCUCAGAGCUAUUUUGUCGUUUAUUUCCCAUUGUGUAGGCUAUGGCUGUCGCCCCACGUACGUUUUGUGUUUUAUUAAAAGUGGAGGACAAUUGAACGUUACAUAGAUACGUUCACUGGUUUUUGUUUUAAAAAAGUUGUGGCCGGAAAUGCUGUUUUCUCUUUACCAUACAUUGACAGUGAUGAUGCUAGCGCGGUGGUAAAUUGCAUCAACUUACAAGGAGGAUUCAACCCGUCCCACUACCACCACAGCAUCUGGACUGGACCACUCACGUUAUAAGCCGGUAACAACUAAACCACUUCUCCAUAACAGGCUGAUAUAAGCGAAAAGAUACAGCAAUAGACCCGAGUUGACACGGUUAGAGAGCCACAUAUCAGCAGCUGGAGGUGUUAUGAUAAAUUAUCUGAGGUACUGUAUGGGGUGCUGCUGAAGAUGCCAGUAUCAAACUAGCUAAAAUGAAACAGGGCGUUUCCGGUCUAAAAUGUAACCAUUAAACCACUACGCACUGAAAGAAGCGCUGACCGAAACCAGUUGAAUGUGUUUGUAUUCACAACAGUUGUUAAAGCUGCAAAUACGUUUUAAAGUUUACUCAAAGACACGAAUAGCAUAUAAUGCUUUUAUAUCUGAGCUCCACUUGAGCUCUUCAGUCAACGCCCCGAGGCUUGUACUUUUCCGCUUUUAUUUUGAACGCCAUAUCUGUACAUUUCCGGUCUGGUCCUGACCCACCUCUGCUGACUUGACGCAGCUUGAGAAGCCGUGGCCGCACCGCAGAGAAGUGAAGUUGAGCAUCCUGCAGUCAUUCACAAUCGGAGGACAGCACCACCUGCUACCAGAUCUUUAUGUUGAGAAGACAGAAGAAUCACAUAUUCAACUGAGUCAACUGAGCAUCAGAGUGUGUGGCAGCAGGACUGGCUGAGUGCUUCAUGAUGGGAUAUUUUAGGUCAGCAUGGCAGAGGACUUCCUCCACAGCACACAACAUAUUACAGCUGCAUUCUUUGAUGCCACUGUUCUACAUUUGAUGGCAUCAUUCUGCUGUCAAGCAAUAGAGUUUAAGCAAAACAAGUGAAAAAUAUGAAGCGUGACAGUCUACUACAGUGGAUAUAAUUUGAUAGAAUUCACUCACAUUACACCCAUUAUCCAGUUAAUGAUUUGGCUUGAACUCUGUAGCCUGGCACAGGCAGACACAUCACACUUGUCUACCUGAGGCUGUCCUUCCAUUUUAUGGAGGCCUUGCAUAGUUCCCUGACGACUGGGGAGCAGUCCGGAGGUCAAGAGCAUUGUCAACCAGAGUCUCAUCAUCGAGGCCCGCAGCCUGAGUCUCCCUCCCAGCCCUGUGAGCAACCGGAAACUGGCUCCCCGAAGCCCCAUGGCACACUACAGCAACCAAAACAGUCCAGAAGACAGCAUCCUGAACGUAAACGUCUCAGGCACCAGCGGCAGAGCAUCGACUCGGAUACUGCGCUGGAACAGAAACAUGACGCAACAAAAGCUAGUUUGUCACCAGGAGUCUCAGCUUCCUCAGCAGGUGGCCCCACCAAGUCUAAACCAGAAACCCAGGAGGGGACCCCAAAACAGAAACGUGAGCGUAAGCCUCAGAGACCAGGCAAAUAUGUCUGCACUUACUGUGGCCGUGCAUGUGCAAAGCCUAGUGUUCUACAGAAACAUAUUCGCUCGCACACAGGUGAAAGACCCUAUCCCUGUGCCCCAUGUGGCUUCUCUUUUAAGACCAAGAGUAACCUGUACAAACACCGCAAAUCGCAUACACACAGGGUGAAGGCAGGUCUGGCACUUGCAGAGCCGAGAUCUUUAGAGGAACAAGUCACUGAGUCAGAGGAUGAAACCAGACAGUUAUCAUCAGCAUCUUCUCACACAGAAAGACAAAGCAGUGUGGCCUCAAUCAAGAGUCAUGAAACAGAUAGGGCCAAAGAUUGCACUGGAGGAAAGGAUGACUCUUACGCAGUGAAAAAAAGACUGGCCCUGCGUCUAAGUAGAGGAAAACAUGGUCCCCGAGACUCAUCUGAUGAAAGGGCCUCAUCUCUAAUUUUAGGGAGUAAAGGCAGCACAGAAUCUGGCUAUUUCUCUCGCUCUGAAAGUACUGAGCAGCCACAGGACAGCCCCCCAAACACAAGUGCCAAAAGCUAUGCAGAGAUCAUCCUCGGCAAGUAUGGACGCCUCGGACACCUGCAGAGGAUGCCUCGGCACCAUAACCAGCAGCCCUCUGGUCCAGAGGACAAAACCAUCCCAUUCACAGUCCCCAAAAAGCAAGUCAUUGACCAUAUCACCAAACUCAUCACUAUCAACGAGGCAGUGGUUGACACCAGUAAAAUUGACAGUGUAAAACCAAGGAGAUUUUCGCUCUCCAGAAAGAAUAGUUCAGAGUCUCAAAAGAGUUCAUCUAUGAAAGAACCGCUUAUUCAUAGCCCUAAAGCUGGAGAUCUGGGCUAUAAAAACAGUGGCUCCAUCACCAUGGGAGUCCCAUGUGAAAAAUUUCAUCAUCCACCCCUAAAUGUGGAGCAACCAGCUGGCCAAACAUCAGCCCCUCUGGUUAGAAGUCACUCUAUGCCAUCUGCAUCUGACACCUCCAGUGGUGGCCCCAGUAAGUUCCGCUUAAGUCAGUCCUUUGAUGAACGACCGCCUUCUGAAAGGCAGGCAUCCCGUCGCUAUGGGAUGCUAAGACGGCAGCCAGCUAUUGAAAUCCCACCUGGUGCUGAACUUACAAAAGAGGAGCAAGAGGGUUCUCAUUCAUUUUACCCUGACAGCGUAACCACUGUGCCUGACCACAAGCAAAGUCAACCGCAGCCAUAUGAGUGUGAGGCCUGUGGCACUGGAUGCAAAGAUUGGGAAGGUUAUAAGAAACACAAGCAAAGCCUGUGCUUAGCACAUCAUCCCAGAAAUGAGGUGGUAAUUAGUCAAAUGGAGAGCUCACAGUUAAUUAACCAUGCAGUCAGAGCAGGAGCUUCAGCAAUGCGCAAGAGAAGAAAAGAAGAGAGCUUUGAAUUUGAUGACCCCUCUUCUCCUUCAUUACCCUCUCCUGACCUCUUUUCAGGACAGUGUAAAGAUGAAAGCAAUGUAGUCUAUGACAGCCCCAGAAGACCUACACUGCAAACCUGUUCAGUAAUUCAGCAUACUAGUUCAUUUGAAAAACAGGAAUCUUUGUGCAAUGAGAAUCAAGGCACUGAGGCAACAAAAAACUCUCCGCCUCAUGAAGAAUAUCAACUGGUGCCUCAGAAACAGCCCCAACAACAGUCGGCAAAACUAACAAACCGGAAGCUGGUCCGCCAACACAAUGUGCUGGUUCCAGAAAUACUGGUCACAGAGGAUUCCAACAUGAGCACAGGGACCGGAGUAGAGCCAGCAUCCACAGCAAAACAUUCAGAGAAACCUGAUGAAUUUCAGUGGCCACAGAGAAGCCCCUCUCUGGCCCAGCUUCCUAUUGAAAAGCUUCCUCCAAAGAAGAAGCGCUUACGUCUAGCCGAGGUUGCCCAGUCGUCCGGUGAAUCCAGUUUUGACUCUAUAUCCCUCCCCCGCAGCCCUAGUCAGGAUAGUAGUACAUCUUAUGCAUCCAGUCGUUCCACAUCCUUUGAAGAGUCAAAUAGACCAGACAUGGAGAUAGCAACACCACUGCGGAGAUCGAGAGCUCCUCACAUGUUGACAGUGCCUGGGGUUCAUCAGCAUAGGGAGAUGAGGCGCUCAGCAUCAGAGCAGGCGCCUCAUGACCCACAACCAAGUGUCCUAAUGGCUGAGACCCGCAGUAAGUCUUUUGACUAUAGUUGUCUGUCCCCUGAGCGCUCUGCAGUUGGCUGGAGGGAAAGAAGAAAAUGUCUCCUCAUGAGACACACUGCUAUCAGAGAUCCAGAUGAGGAGGAAGAGGAGCAGUGUACCAUACUGAGCCGUAGUCCUCAACAUGUCAGCCCUAGCACAUCUUCUCAAGCAAGCCCGACUUCUGUGUACUGCAGUAGGUCCCCUACUUCUCCUUUAUCAGGUGACACAGUCUUGCAUAAUCCAGCCAAAUUACAAUGCAAAGAGAUCUUCUCUCAGUGGAAACUCAGUCAAAAUAUUCAGUUGAAAGGCAGCACAGAACUCUCCCUUACUCACUGCCCAUCUGUUGAUCCUGUAAAAGAAGAGGCCUCACACAUCCAUACAGGACAGCCACCUCCUCAAGCACCACAACCCUAUCCUACACAUGGACCAUCCGGGGCAGCCAGAGCUCGCUACCUCCCUAUGUCUACAGGGCUGAAGCUAGAGAUUCCUUUACUACAUGAUGAUCAUUCAGAGGUUCGAGUAAGUCACUCCCACAUCCAGCACUCUGUCCCUCACAUCACUUCCAGUCUGGAAUUACUGAGACCAGUCACAUCUCCAGCAGUAGCAGUGCGUCUCCAAACAGACACCCUCACCCUAGCAUGUGCCAUAUACACCACAUUGUCUCAGUCCACCUCCCCCCAGCCCCAGGAGAAGGUUGAUACUUUUCCACACAACGUAGGUAACCCAGCAGCUGGUUACAGAGACCAUAGGAACACGAGUCCAGACCAUGACUUGUGGUCCGACGAUGGCCUGAGGAUAUCAGGCUCAGGGGGCAACAAGCGGAUGCUUUCCCCCUCAAACAGUAUAGAGAUCCUCCCUGAGUCUCAGCAACAGCAGAAACGAGUAAAAGAAGAAGAGGAGAGGGAGGGGGGAUGUGCUGACAAGGCAGCAGUGGACACGUGCAAUCAGGAACUCAAAGGGGAGAAUCAGUCAUGUCUGCCCAGCGUUUGUACUCCCAUCACACAUGUUGGGCCAUCAUUUCCCAGUUUGCUGUCCGGCACCUGUAACAGCUGGUGCUAUUUGAACUACAUUAAACCAAACCCUUCUACUCUGGAUGAACAGAAGCCCUCUGUGUAUUCAUCGUGGUCGACUAGCGGCUAUGACCCCAACCCACCCGGCCUCUCCAGCAAGACUGCUCUGUCUCUGCUGCACUGUAAGCAGAGGCUCAGUCCCUCCAUCUACACCACAUCCCAAAUGUCAGUCAGGACAGCUGAGUCAAUGGAGCAAGAGGAAAACAAAAGACCAUGCUCCACUGAGGUCUACAUCAGCCAGUUAUACUGCAGAGACCAUGAGGAAACAAGGAAGGGACAGCAGUCAGCAGAUGACAACAGGUCAAACCGAAGAGAGGAGAAGGAGGAAGAGGAGAAGAAGGAGGAGGAAGUACAGUCAUGCUCCAUCAAUAAACAACCUUCCGAAGUUUGGAUCUCUGAGAGUGGAUCAAAUGAGAAGUAUGCAAUCACGUGCGGUGGAAGUGGAGGGAAGUGCCAAUGUGAGGAUUGUGGAUUCCACCUUAAGAAUACCAGUAUCCUGCACACCUGCACCCAUUGCAUCACAGAAUCGCCACCAUAUACCUGCAAGCAUUGUAACGUUUCCGUCAAAGCCAAGGGAAUACUCGCUGGGCACCUGAGAUCUAAGGCACAUGGAAAAGAAAUCUGUUGUUACCCAGAUGGCACAAAUGAAGGAGUCUGUGAAGAACCUUCAUUUCAUAAACGAAAAGAUCAUCGGUACUCUGAUCUGGGGAAGGGUGGACAUGAUGAGGGUGCCAAUGCAAAGGACAAGGAUGGCAGAUGUGAUGAAGACCGAUCCAAGGCGGCUGAAAGCUCUCACACCACCUCCUCUGACAGCGAGACAUCUCAUCCAGGAGGGCAGCCGAUGGAGCCUGAACCCAGCCAGUCUGCCCCGCUUCCCUCCAAGGAUUCUACCCAGAAGAGCUCGGCCAGCACCAGGAGGGCCCUGUUUGCCCGCCGACGCCUUGACGCUUCAGCUUCGGCGUCCUCCGGAGGCUCCCAUUCUCCAAGUGCCCCAUCCCUGAUUCCACAGAGGGAGCCGUCUCCACCUCGCAGCCCAUCACCCAGGCCUCACCAGUCCCCUGCUCCCCCUUCCUCUCUCUCGCCAUCCAGUUGCCAUGUCUCAACCUCCGCCCUGAGACCAGUCUCCCCUGUUAGAGGUCUUUCUCCUAGAAUAGUCCAGUCCCAUGGAUCUGAGUCCUCUGGGCCUCCAGGCUCCUUGGCGGACACUUCUUCUCAGUGUCACCCAAGAGACCGACCUUCUACAGCAAGACUGUCCAUGGAUGAUGUUGGUCUGACCCCACAUCCCACGCGGCCUCGGGGAGCCCACAACCUCCUGAGUCACCUCCCUCUGCACUCCCAGCAGUCAGGCAGGGCCCCGAGCCUCCUGAUUCCCAUCGGGGGGAUUCACAUGAUUCAGCCCAGGUCCCUGCUCCCUCUGUACAGCCUGGUGAGCAGCCCCGCGCCAGCCACGACUAACCCCGCAGGGACAUCCUGGAGACUGAGUGACGCUCCAAAGGGGAGGCUUUCUCUGCUGCAGCGCCAGGAUACUCUCAAAGAGACGUCGCCCCGCAGUCCAGCCAGCCCGCCGGACCCCGAGGCGUUAGGGGGAGCGUCCGGGAGCAGCCCAUCGGACGCCCUGUUGCGCAGAAAGAAUCGAGGGUGCUUCGGCAUACAGCAACCGUCGAGUCCCGGGACGGAGACUUGGCGUCCUGAGGUAAACACAGAUGCACAGAGAGUCACAGAAAGGUGUGUUUACCCCGAGACCACCCAAGGCCAAAAAAAGGCUCCUUCCUCCCAGACACAACUCUGAUAGGAGGGAGAGUCUGACAGUCUGGGACAGUGCAAAAGUCUACAAAGCAGUCUGUUGUAAAAACACAGCACUGGUUUGGAGACCGGGGACAAAAGGCAAGAGCACUUCAGCACCGCUUCUGAAUGACGCUAUUAUGUAAUUAUAUGAAUAAUAUAUAUAGACACUAUGUUAGAUAUGCAGUAUGUUUUGUAAAUCUUUUUUUACCCUCUUGUUUGAUGUCAUCGGUGUUAAUUUAUUUAUGUGCUAUUAUGCAAAUUCUGUACUAUAUGCAAAAGCAGCUGGAAUGAAAAUAGACAAAGUUUUAAUCAGUUUCCCUAUUAACCCCUUUGACAGCUCUAAUAUACUAUUGCUGUGUUAAUGUACUGUAUUACCAAAAUGGAUAUAGAAAGGUACUACAAAUAUUUAUUCACCCCGACCAGUAUUUUGAAGUGCAAUUUUAUGUCGAGAUCGUGGUUUGAAAUGUCAUUCUUAAAAGGCUGUGAUUAUUAUUAUUUGUCAGUUUCUUUUUGUUGUUGUUCUUGUCGUCUUUGUUUGUGUUCAAAGAAGCAGGGUUACGAUCACCUCCUUUUCUAAUGUCUUUAGGAAAAGAAGUUUCAGAUCAAGACAUUUGGAGUGCACUGACAAAUAAUUUGAUAUCCAGAGGAAACCUGUUUCACGUACAUGGUAGCUACGGUGCAGUUUUUUUCAUAAACAGAUACAUGUAUUUUUGUGUUGUUGCUUUUAUAAAUGAUACAAUCACUUUGUCAUUUUCAUGUUUACCAUUAAACUUCUCAUUUUUACAGAUUUAUAUUAAAA